CGAUAGGCCCAUAGGGACCAGGGAGUGGAGAGAGCAGAAAAGGUGGAGAGAGCGCAGCCCAAGAGAAGGGAAAGAGAGAGAGAAGAAGAAAAAGAAGAAGAAGAAGAAGAAGAUGGGGGGAGGAAUGGAGGCGAACAAGAACAAGUUCAUAGAGGACUGGGGCAGUGCCCGUGAGAACCUCGAGCUCAACUUCCGCUGGACUCGCCGCAACCUCGCCCUUGUCGGCAUCUUCGGUCUCGCUGUCCCCAUCCUCGUCUACAAGGGCAUCGUCCGUGAAUUCCAUAUGCAAGAUGAGGAUGCAGGCAGACCGUACAGGAAGUUUCUGUGAGACUUCAAGAAUGCUUGUUAAUAAUUGUGGAAGUUAUAGAGCUAGGGUUCUCUAUUGGACCACAUAAUCAUCAUUUUCAUAACAGGGAAUGUUUGCAUUUUCUUUGAAAAUUUGUAUUAUGUUUUGUUCAGCCAGUGCUUGUUGGAUCCUUCUGUUGUCAAGAAUACUGAGUCUUUAACAAUCAAGUUCUGCCUUUUCUGAUA